AGCCAUCUCACGUUCAUCUGCUUCAGGGGCUCCUGACCUUGAAUUGCUGUUUCGUUUUCCAUUUGUUAUUUUGUUCUUUUCUUUCACAUUAUUAUUACAUUCUUGACUCUCUUUUGCCUACUUGACUGUUGUAUUUCACCUUCUCAACUCCCCUCGUUCGUUUGAGUGGCCCGGAGACUGGCCCACCUGUCUUCUGCGCUGCCAUGGCACCCAAAUUCAAAGACGGGGAUGCCGUUGUAGCGGUUAAUGGGAAAUGGAUCUCUUGGGCGCACACAGUGGCUGCCUACACGGCGUUUUUCAGCGCCUUGGUAGUAGGAAUGUCUCUGCAUUUCCGAAAGAUCGUGCAAAACGAACACUACGGUUACCCUGACGAAUGGUUUCCUUCUGUGUCAGCAACAAUUGGUGAUCGCUAUCCUGAACGGUCCUUCUUCCAAGUGUUUAUCGCUAUCACCUCGGGACCUCGGUUCGCUCUUGUGUUCCUCUGGUACAUUCUAACCUCGCGCCCCAACUCAACUCUCCCUAAAUUUAUCGCUGGGGUUGGCCUGUUCCGGACAUUUACAUGUGGAGGUUGGACGUAUGUUACAUCAACGGAUGAUCAUGACUGGCACGAUAUUUUCAUGAUCUCGUAUCUGGUUGCGACUUUGCCUUGGACUAUUGGCUGCCUUGCGCUUAGCCCAAACAACCGACGCGCUGUGAAGUACCGGAAGAUCUUAGCGAGCUGUUUCUUUGGGACACUCAUACCAUUGAUUUACUAUUUCAUCCAGCACAAGGUGCAUAAGGUCGCUGGAGCUUAUACUAAGUACGCCUUUUUUGAAUGGUCUCUUAUCUUGUUUGACGUGGGUUUCGAUGCGGUCACCGCGCUUGACUUCGACGCAUUCGAGAUUGUGGUUAGGGAUGUCAAGGGGAUUAGCAGAGGGCAGUUGAAGACUACUGCCGACUCCAUCCUUGAAAAAGAGAAAGGCAAGCCCGUCGGAAACACGUUCGGUGAAGGCUUCUUCUGGGCAGAGAUCAUCGAUGCUGCCGCAGAUGCCUACAAUAUGUUUGUCUUUUGGUCCUUGUGGACUGCUCUGGGUGUACUGGUUUGGUACUUCCCUCUUUGGCACAUGGGUAUCUCUGGUUAUGAAUUAGCUAUCCUCAGCUAUGUAUCCCCGGUCCUCCUGGCCAUACCCACUUUGAAAUCUGCGGCCACCAGAAACCCUCGUCUUUUCCACUUCCUCUCACUUUCGGGAUUACUGGCGUAUAAGGUGCAAGAUCCUGCCAAUCGACUCUUUGUGACGACCUUCGCUGUUGCUUGCAGCUGCAUCGCAUGGUCUGCAACACUAUAUGCCGAACGAGCGAACAGCUCUAGACUAGAAUCCCGUAUCUUUGCAUGGGGCAUUGGCUUGAUUAUGUCAAGCAUUGCUAAGUUUGCCUGCAAAACAAACAACCCCAUCUGGCCUAUCAUGCAUGCAGAGAAUGGAGGAUGGAACAAAUUGGGACUUCUCCUUGGUGUCCUUGCUGUUCUCAGAUCGCAUAGAAGGCCUCCGACUAGUGGAGGGGACUACCUCCCAUCGACCGGCAAGAAAGGCUCUACCAUAUUAGCCGCCUUCGGUAUUGGUGGUCUGCUUUUUGCAAUGCAUUCCCUUCUCUCUGACUCUAGCACCAUGAUCGCUUGGGUUUGGGAAGGAUAUCCCGUGCGGGGUCCUAUUGCAGUACCUCACGGUGCGCUCACUAUUCUUGCUAUGGGAGCUGGACUUGUUUAUGGUCUAUACUAUCCUGGUGUGGCGGGAAGUUGGACCGCGUUUGGAAUUGCAUCUAUCGGUGCGACACUGCUUACGUGCUAUAGCCACUGGACCGGAUUCUACGGAGGCCUAAUCCUAGCAUUCUACCUUCUUGCAGUGGCCCCUGUCUUAAUUUCUUCAGCCGUCCGCCAUUCACUAGCGAAGACCUUUGGCAUCGGCUUCCUCCUGUACACAUUUAUGAUUCUCUUCCAUGUGUGGGUUGUUGCCUAUGCCUUUGUGCCUGGCGGGCCGCUUGUCAGAGAACACACGGAUUGGAUUAUGAUCACUACGAUGUUAUCACUUGGAGCCGGCGUCUUCUCUGCCGCUGUUACCAACUCCUCCGGUACUAAGACCAAAAUCGUCAGUCCAAAUGGCAAGAGACAGCGAUCCUAUUUUAUCUAUAUCCUAGCGGCACUGCAGCUUAUUUCUAUGACUGUUGCAUAUCUUCGCUUCCCGACGAACGAUUAUGUGCCAUAUCACAAAGAUGAUAAAGUUGCAACUGUCGGUAUUUGGACAGUCCAUUUUGGCCUUGAUAAUGAUAUGUGGUCAUCUGAGCGGCGUAUGCGGAAUGUCAUCCAGGAACUUGAGAUUGACGUUAUUGGCCUUCUGGAGUCUGAUAACCAGCGCAUCAUCAUGGGCAAUCGUGAUAUGACUCAAAAUCUAGCGGAAGAUCUUGGCAUGUACGCAGACUUUGGCCCUGGUCCUAAUAAACACACUUGGGGCUCAGCCUUGCUUUCCAAAUUCCCUAUCGUCAAUUCGACUCACCAUCUACUUCCCUCCCCUGUGGGUGAGCUUGCUCCCGCCAUACAUGCCACUCUCGAUAUGUAUGGUGAGCUCGUUGAUGUUGUCGUGUUCCAUUCAGGGCAAGAAGAAGACCCGGAAGACCGCCGUCUGCAGUCAGAAUACUUGGCAAAGCUCAUGGGCUCAUCCCCUCGUCCCCUGAUCCUGUUGAGCUACCUGGUCACAAAACCGCUCGAGGGUAAUUACAAUACCUAUGUCAGUGAACUUAGCGGCAUGAAAGAUAUCGAUCCUACUGAUUGGGACCGGUGGUGUGAGUACAUCCUCUACAAGAAUCUCAAGAGAACUGGGUAUGCUCGUGUUAGCCGGGACUCUAUCACGGACACAGAGAUUCAGGUUGGCAAAUUCGUCAUUGGAGAACCUGAGCCGGAGAAUGAACUGCGUCUCCCAGAGGAAAUGGUGCCACAAGGCCGCCGAUUCCCUGGGUUGUUCCGCGGGCAGGGAGUCCGCGGUCAUCGCUAUCAUGUUUUUGAUGAGCCAAGAUAUUGGCAAUGAAUCCUACCCGAAACCCCUGGGGACACCUGGCCCUUUUCUAGGCGGUGCAUGCUUCCAUAUCUCUGCUUUAUUGUAUAUUCU